CCCCUGACCCGGCCGCUCUCCCCUCGCUCGCUCCAGCCCGGGCGCGCAGGGCCCGGCCGCCGCCAUGUCGGGCCCGUUCGAGCUCUCGGUACAGGAUCUCAACGACUUGCUCUCGGACGGCAGCGGCUGCUACAGCCUCCCGAGCCAGCCGUGCAACGAGGUCACCCCGAGGAUCUACGUGGGCAACGCGUCUGUGGCUCAAGACAUCCCCAAGCUGCAGAAACUGGGCAUCACUCAUGUCCUGAACGCUGCUGAAGGCAGGUCCUUCAUGCAUGUCAACACCAAUGCCAACUUCUACAAGGACUCUGGCAUCAUCUACCUGGGCAUCAAGGCCAAUGACACACAGGAGUUCAACCUAAGUGCUUAUUUUGAAAGGGCUGCAGACUUCAUUGACCAGGGUUUGGCUCAAAAGAAUGGCCGGGUGCUUGUCCACUGCCGUGAGGGUUACAGCCGCUCCCCAACACUAGUCAUUGCGUACCUCAUGAUGCGUCAGAAGAUGGACGUCAAGUCUGCCUUGAGCAUCGUGAGGCAGAACCGUGAGAUCGGCCCCAACGAUGGUUUCCUGGCCCAACUUUGCCAGCUUAAUGACAGACUAGUCAAGGAGGGGAAGUUGAAACUCUAGGACACCCCCACAGCCUCUUCUCUAGAGGUCUGAUGGGAAGGCCCUGCUUGAGGGUGUCCCAAGCCGCCAUGUUUAGGAAACAGUUGUACCCUUCCCCCAGAGUCACAAGGCACUUGCCUACAUGUCUGUCCCAACAUGGCCCUGGGCCACUUCCCCCUAUCCCCAGGGGGCCUAUAAAGAAGCUUGCCAAGGAGGGCA